AAAACAGCAAAAAACCCGUGCCACCACGACCCAACAACUGAGGCCUGCUACACAGGUAGCGACCCCGGACCCUGGGGCUCUGUCUUCACCCCGCAGCUCCACCUCUCCCAGGGAAGUCGCCCAGAGCUUAUUCUGAGGUGAUCCUGAUUCCAUGUGAGGUGGGAAUGUACCUUGGAUGGAGCACCAGUCCAUCGCAGGUCAACAUGCACGUGCAUGCACAUGCACAUGCACACACACAAACACACACACACACACACACACACAAGCACAGUCACACCUUUUGGCAAUUUGUUAUUUUGCAUUUAUUUUAGUAGGAAAACGCAGUGAGAUUAGCAGCCAUACAUACAAGUAUACAUAAAAACAUUGUACAAACUAAUUAAUUAAAAUAUAACAUUGUACAAACAAUAUAACAUUGUACAAACAAAUUAAUAAAAUUAUUUUAAAUUAAUUACAAUAUAAUACAUUAUAUAAUUAGUAAUAGUAAUACUAAUAAAUAUCAGUAUUUCACCAAGUCAUUUAGAAUACUUUUUAAAUAAAUUUUUAUUUUUAUUUAUUUUAUUUAUUUUAUUAUUUUUAAAGCAUGCAACCCUCUGCACCACCACCCUGCCCUGUUUGCACAUACAGGAUUAAACCUGGCACAAACAACACUAGCAGUAGUGACAUGAUAAUAAACACACAAUCAGGCACACUAAACAUUUCCCUUCAUAAACCUGAUCAUUUUUUCUCCCCAUACACUAUGUACUGUUCAAUUAUUACAUGCAAGCACAUUAUCUACAUAAUGCAUUGUAAGCAUUUCUGCACUGCAUAUCUUAGCAUUUUAAUGCCUUUUCUACAUCAUGCUUUCCUCUUUCCUUUGAUGUGGCAGGAAUCAGGUACAUUCUUGUCGAAGCUGUCAUCAGUGGUUUUUCUUCUUAAAUAGAUGUAGACGUGCUUCCAUAUGCACACAAGCUUUGCUGAGUCUGAUUUCCUUUCUUCGAAUACUCUGAAAAGCUUUGGAUACUGAACAAUAUAUUGCAAUACAUUGGUCAAAGUUUUGAACCAUGCUUACACACGUCAGUGUAAUCAUGACCAUCGUUGCAGUGGCUGAUGCUUGUGUAAUGGCUUGUGAGUGUGUUGAUAACACCACAGUCACUUGUUUAAACAAGAAUCUGUUGGAACUGCCUCUACCUUUGCAAGGUACCAAGUUCCUAUUGGUUAGUAACAACAGGAUCCAGGCUCUUCCCAGAAAAGGUUUAGAAGAGUUACAUGUACUUGAUCUUACCAACAACAACCUUAGUAAGUGGCUCACUGGUGCUACCAGACUACCAAAUAUGGUAAACCUUACUCAUCUGCAUCUAAGAGGAAAUGGACUUAGUACUUUUAUCACUGGAGUGUUUCAAGAACUGAAGAAUUUGACUUACUUGGACCUCACUGAAAACAAUGUUAAAAUUAUCCCCCAGAAGUUCCUCCAAGGUUUGAGCAAACUCCAAACUCUUAGUUUAAGCUUAAACCAGAUACAUACCCUCUCCUGUGGAGCUUUUGAAGAAGCAUCUGAACUUAGGGAGCUCCACCUGAACAGUAAUAACAUAGAGGUGAUAGAUACGUGUAUGUUUAAAAACUGUCAGAAUCUAAACAGGCUCUUCCUGUCCAACAACCGUUUGAAAAGUGUAAAUCAAGGGACCUUCCGAAGUGCCACUGGCCUGGUUCACCUUGAUCUCAGUAACAACAUGCUUACCAUUGUUCCCACUGAUGCCCUUCAAGACACCUCUAAUCUCACCAGCCUCUACUUGCAGAAAAACUCCAUCAUGUAUGUUCCAGAAAAUGCAUUCUCUGGAUUAUCAGCGUUGAAAAAGCUGUAUCUGUACAGUAACCGCAUUGAUUUUUUGGCUGUGAGCUCUUUCAGUGGUCUUUACCAGCUUGGUGAACUAGACUUGAGUCUCAACCAGCUGCAAUCUCUCUCCUUGCAACAAUUUCAAGAUCUAAGAAAACUUGAAAAACUUAAUCUAUAUAGCAAUGCAUUCACAUUUCUUCCAAAUGACCUGUUUAAUAAUUUGAAAAAACUGAAGGAACUAGAGCUUGACAGAAAUAAUAUUCAAGUCAUCACACCAGAUCUAUUUCAGCCACUUUCAAAGCUCAGGGUUUUACAGCUGGACAAUAAUCAUAUCUCAGACGUCAACCUAUCCUCGUUUGCAACAAUGAGAAAGCUUAAACACCUGGAUCUAAGCAAAAAUCAUUUGACAAAAAUUUCAAAUAGGAUUUUACAAAAUGAAUCAUUGCCACUCAAUGGUGCCCAGCACCAAUCCUCACAAGGGGGUCCUGAACUUAGUGACCUUAACCUGAGCAAUAAUAAAAUUCAGGUGAUAGAUAAGCACGUGUUUGAGAAUUACACCAAUUUGAAGAAACUCUUUCUGUCCAACAACCAUUUGAAGAAUUUAGAGGAAGGGACAUUCAGGGGAGCACUGGUCCUAAUUCACCUUGAUCUUAGUGAAAACAGGCUUACAUUUGUGCCCAUCCUUGCACUUAAGGAUACCCCUAAUCUUACAAGUCUAUUCUUGCAGAAAAAUGAAAUUACAUUCAUCCCCAAAAAUGCUUUUGCAGGACUGUCUGCACUAAAGAAACUAGACUUGAGCAAUAAUGCCAUUUUAAGUUUAGAUGAGAAGUCCCUGAUGUCUCUGUUCAACCUUGUGGAGUUAGAUUUGAGCUUCAACCAACUUAAAACUCUUACAAGUGCACUUCAUGACUUGGCAAAACUGAAGAUCCUUAAAUUGCACCAAAAUGCUCUGGUAUCACUUCCUAAUGGUGUGUUCAACAAUUUGAUGGAAUUAACUGAACUACGACUUGAUAACAAUUAUAUAUCUGACAUCAUAACUGAUCUAUUCCGUCCACCAACUAAACUUCAAGAUUUAGACAUGGAUAGUCAUCAUAUCUCUGGGUUUAACUUAUCCUCAUGCACAACACUGACAAACAACCUCCAGAAAAAGAUUUUGCAAGAAACUUCCAAGGAUCUUUUCAACAUUACACUGCCUACCAGAGAUAAUGUGAAAUCCCUAGCCUCUGAUGCCAAACGUAGGGAGCUGUUGAUCAGUAAUAAUGCAGAGCUGAUCGAUAUGAACUGUACCACCGCAAUCAGGCACUAUAAUUCCAACAACCACUUAAGAAGUGGAGAGAAAGGAAAGCAUUCAAUGAGAUUGACUGAUCUUGAUCUUAGCAAAAACAAUCUUAGUACUAUCCCCAGUGGUGCCUUUAAGUAUACUACCAAUCUCACUAGACUCUACUUGCAGAAAAAUGCUAUUGACUUUGUCCCUGAAAAAGCUUUCUCUGGACUAUCUGAAUUGAGAAAAUUGGAUUUAAGCAAAAAUCAACUCAUUAUUUUGCAUGAAAACUCCUUUAUGGAACUUUUCCAGCUUUCUGAACUAGAUUUAAGCUUCAACCAGUUGCAGGAUCUUCCAUCAAAUGUUUUCCAAGACUUGGGAAACCUGGAGGUUCUCAAUUUAUAUCACAAUGAUCUGGCAUCACUUCCCAACAUCUUGUUCAACAAUCUGACCAAAUUAAGAGAAUUAGUGCUUGAAAGAAAUAAUAUCACUGUCAUUGCAUCAGAUCUAUUCCACCAAUUGACCGAACUCAGAGAAUUACAGCUGGACAACAAUCACAUCUUGGAGCUCAACUCAUCUUUAUUUAGAACACUGACAAAGCUGCAGCGAAUCUAUUUAAACAACAACAUUAUUAUGAGAAUUCCCAAUCAUUUUCUACACAAAGCACAACAUCUGAAAGUGCUACAUCUGAUGAACAAUAAUAUUUCCUCAAUUUUACAGUUUGCUUUCAAAGGCCUUUACAGACUCCGUUCUCUGAGGCUCAGCAACAACAGCAUUUCUGUUCUUCAUGCUGACAUGCUAAAUGGUCUUGAUGACUUACGGGAGCUCGGGCUAAAUAUUAACCAGAUAGAGAGGAUCCCAACUGGGUUUUUUGCAAGGCUUCAGAACUUGAGAACACUUGACUUGGCCAACAAUUUUUUGGGUUCCCUGUCCAGUGAGGAUUUCAAAGACUUGACAGCAUUAAGAGAGUUAUAUCUGAGUUUCAAUAAACUCGAUAAACUACCACAUAACAUUUUCAAGACACUGGGCAGAUUGCAGAAACUCUUCUUGCAAAACAACCUCCUGUCCUACUUACCCCCAACAGUGUUCUCUUCUUUAACCUUUUUGCAAGAGCUUGAUUUGGAUAACAACAAGCUCCAGCAUCUUGCCACUGUACAAUUUCAAGGCCUGAAAAACUUGAAACAACUUGAUCUUAGAUCAAACCAGUUAAAGUCAUUGGAUGAAGGGACCCUAAGGGAACUGAUAGCACUGAAAUCCAUACAUCUCAGCGCAAAUCCAUGGGACUGCACUUGUGCAUCUAUUAUGUAUGUCAGGACAUGGAUUCGUAAGAAUAGUCAGUUAGUAAAGGAUAGCACCACCUGCUCUAGAAAUCUCUCUCUUCCUGUCUCAGACAUACAGCAUUGUGUAAGUGCUGCAUAUUUCUCUGUAUGUAAACCACAAACACAGAUAAUAACCACCAUAACAGCUGUCAUUCUUAUAUUCUGUGGGACUUAGGUUUUUUCUGCAAAUUGCUAUUGUUUCCUUUUGCUAUAAUGCAAAAGAUGCAUCGUAAACUCAGCCUUAAUGUGCAAAUGAUAAACUGUACAACAAUGCUGUAAAAAUGUGACUAUGAUGUGACUCUCAAUGAUUCAGUAACAAUUUUUAUUUUAGCCACAAAAAUGGCAUCUUGUAUAACCUUUUUUUAUUGACCCUGCUUUGUGAUCAUGUGCAUUAAAUGCUAUACAAAUGAA